AUGCAAAUACUAAGAGAUCAAGGAGCCUAUAUUGUUUCCUUUGUUAGAACACCAAUCGGAUCUAAUGGAGGAAGCCUCUCAUCACUCUCUGCCAUAAAAAUUGGUUCGGUUGCACUCAAGGAAGCCAUUCAGAGAUCCAAUCUUUCAUUAGGACAAGUUGAAGAGGUAAUUAUGGGAUCUGUUUUACAGGCUGGUCUGGGCCAAAAUCCUACUAGACAAGUUGCUCUCGGAGCUGGCUUAUCAACAGAGGUUAUUUGUACAACUGUGAACAAAGUGUGUAGUUCUGGAAUGAAAUCAAUUCACUAUGGAGCUUUGGAAAUAAUGUGUGGACAACGUGAUAUUAUUGCAUGUGGAGGUGUUGAAUCAAUGUCAAAUACUCCUUAUUAUUUAAAUGAAUAUAGAAAUGGAAAGAGAAUGGGAGAUGGUAAAAUAGUAGAUGGAAUGAUGUAUGAUGGUCUUUUUGAUCCUUAUCAUUCAACCAUGAUGGGUAAAUUUGCAGAUGUCACUGCAACAACAUAUAACAUCUCAAAACAAGAACAAGAUGAUUACUCUGUGAAGAGUUAUGAAAGAGCAAUGAAAAAUGCAGAUAAAUUCAAGAAGGAAAUUGUUCCUGUAAAGGUGAAUGCAAAUUUAACAUUGGACCAUGAUGAGGAAGUUUCUAAAUUCAGAGGUGCUGAUAAAUUAAAAUCACUCAAACCAGCAUUUUCUAAGGAAGGUGGAUCUGUAACUGCUGGUAAUGCCAGUAAAAUUAGUGAUGGAGCUGCCUUUGUAGUGUUGGUAAGUGGAAGAUUCUUAAAAUCGAAUCCAACCUAUUUGGCCUCCAUUAGAAAUCAAAGCAUUUUCCAAGUAUUAUCAUUUGAAGAUGCUGAAAAGGAACCUAAUUGGUUCACAAUUGCUCCAUCAGUUGCCAUUCCAAAAGCCAUUAAGAAGGCAGGUCUCUCAAUUGACCAAGUUGAUAAUUUUGAAAUUAAUGAAGCAUUUGCAGCUGUUGCAUUAGCCAAUUCUAAAAUUUUAAAUCUUCCAGAAGAAAAGGUCAAUAUCUGGGGAGGUGCAGUUGCAUUAGGGCAUCCAUUAGGUUGUUCAGGAGCUAGAAUUGUUGUCACUCUCUGUAAUCAAUUAUGUACAAACAAUAAGACUAUAGGUUGUGCUGGUAUUUGUAAUGGAGGUGGUGGUGCAAGUUCUCUAGUUCUUAAGAGAAUUGAUCCUUCUCAUUUAAAUUCCUCCCUUUAA